AUUUUUUUUUAUUUGAUAUAUAUAUACUUUAAUUUAUUGCUUUCAUUUCAUUUUAUUCAAAAGCAAAAAUGGGAAGAGAUGAUAUUCACGUAGUAAUGCUUCCAUGGUCAGCAUUUGGUCACAUUUUCCCAUUUCUUCAGCUCUCCUUCGCCUUAGCCAAAGCCGGAGUUCAUGUCUCUUUGGUAUCAACUCCAAAAAACAUCCGGAGACUCCCUAAGCCUCCUCCAGAAAUAGCAGCUCUGAUAGAUCUGGUGGAGCUUCCACUUCCGGCGGUGGAUCGGAGUCUCUUGCCGGUGGAGGCCGAGGCCACCGUGGACCUACCCUUCGACAAAAUUCAGUACUUAAAGGUGGCAUAUGAUCUCCUGCAACAACCCUUCAAGCAGUUCAUUGCUGAAAGAUCACCCGAUUGGAUGAUCAUUGAUCUCAUCCCACACUGGGCGGUCGAGAUCGCUCAAGAGUAUCGGAUCCCACUCCUAUGCUUCUCUGCUUACUCAACUGCUACUCUUGUGAUGGUAGGGCCACCGGAAUUCUUAGUUGGAGAUGGUCAAAAGAGGUUUUGGUCAACCCCGGAAACCAUGACAUCACCGCCGGAGUGGGUUAGUUUUCCAUCAUCGGUGGCUUUCAGGACUCAUGAAGCAAUCGCCUUUCAUGCUGGAUUCUUCGGAGAAAAUGCCUCAGGGACAAGUGAUGCUCAACGCAUGGCGAAAGUGCUCCAUGCAUGUCAAGCUAUAGCUAUACGUACUUGCAAAGAGUUUGAAGGUGAGUACAUGAAAUUAGAAGCGAAGAUCACCGGUAAGCCGGCAAUUCCGGUGGGACUUCUUCAACCGGAACGACCUCCUAAAGAGAGAGAAGUCACUGAUGAAUCAUGGGAUAAGAUCUUUAAAUGGCUUGACAAGCAAAAACCCAGUUCAGUUGUGUUUGUAGGGUUUGGUAGCGAGUGUAAACUAAGCAAAGAACAAGUGUGUGAGAUAGCUAAUGGACUAGAGCUAUCAGAAUUGCCUUUUCUAUGGGCACUUAGAAAACCCCAUUGGGCUAUCAACGAUCUCGAUGCCCUACCACCGGUUUUCGACCACUGGACAUCCGGCCGAGGGGUGGUGCAUAUCGGCUGGGCACCUCAGACGGACAUCCUAGCACACCAGUCCAUAGGGGGGACUUUGUUUCACUCUGGAUGGGGCUCUGCAAUAGAAAGUUUGCAGUUUGGGCAUUGUCUUGUUGUGCUGCCUCUCAUCCUCGAUCAAGGGUUGAAUGCAAGAUUACUAGUAGAGAAGGGUUUGGCAAUUGAAGUGGAGAGAAGCGAAGACGGAUCAUUUAGCAGGAACGACAUAGCCAAGUCUCUGAGAGAAGCCAUGGUUUCAGAGGAAGGAGAGCAACUAAGGGCUCGUGCCAAAGAAGCCACAGCUAUUUUCGGGGACAGAGAGCUGCACGAUCAGUAUAUUAGUGAGUUUGUUGAGUAUCUGAGAAAUGGUGUUGCGAAAUAGAUAUAAUUAUCAUCCUUCUCUACUAGAGAGACUCUGGCUUGUAUGCUUUAGCAUUGAUUAACAGCAAAAUAAGGUUUUGUAAUUAUUACAAUCAAAAGCAACUUUUGAUCAGAAAAAUUAACUCGUGAUAAUUCUCCUAUUAACUUCGCCAUCCUUGGUUCAAAUUUGGAACCAGUGGUAUUCUCUAUUUCUUAGAGUGAAUGGUGAAGAUUUCAGUCUUUAAAAGAAUAGAGUGGGUGUGUGAGUCAGUUUGUGAUAAUCUAGAUUUUUAAGAUUUUAAAUUAUAUUUAUUUUAUAAUUUUUGGUUGUCAAGAA